UCCAACUCAAGAAAUUAUCAGAAGAAUCACCUGUCGAAUUCAUUACGAAUAAUGUUAUUGAUAUACAAAUGUCAAAAUCAACGUCUAAUGCUUCAUCAUAUGUAACAGAUUCGAUCUUUUCUGAUGAUCUACAAAAAGUAUACAUUGAAGGCAGUCAGCACAUUUCGUUAGGAAUAAUUAAAGACCGCCAUGAAGAUUUAAAUGAAAUCAUCUGCGAUGAUAACAUUAAAGUAGUUGCUGUAGAUAGUACUAAUAAUAUAUUAGAAGGGUUGGAAUCUCGUAUAAACGCUUUACCUAGUGUAGAUUUCUCAAAUUUGGAGGUUGUAGACAAAGAAUUAGAUGAAAAUAUUAAAAAAGCCACAUUAAUACUUGAAGAUACUAAAGUUGCAGUUAAUCAUGCCCCCUUUAUACCGGACGAUGAUCUCAAUGAAACAAACUUUGAUCAUCAUUUCGAUAAAGCAAGUAAAAAAUUAUUAGAAUUGUCAGAUGCUCUUACUUCAGCUCACAAUGCCUCACAAUUGGCAGCAUUCCAUGCAGAUGCAGAUAAAAUUAUUAAAGACUGUUACGAAGGAACUGCUGUUGUUAAAUCGAGACAAGAGGACCUUGAUCGUAGCGGCUACUAUGCUCUAGAAGUUGAGCUACUUGCAAAUGUACUUAGAAAUGCUUUUAAUGGGUAUAAAGAAAGUGAAAAUAAAUUGAGCACAUAUGAUCAAAGAGUUAAGGUUGACUUUAAACAAGAAGCUGAUAAACUUAUUAAUCAAAAUCCUGAAGCCAAUAAGGAUCGUAUAUUGAACAUUUUCAGUAAGGUGACAGGAGCUUUGGAGAAGUUUUCUGACGCUGUCACACUUGAACGUCGCGAACUCGAACUUGUACGUAGAGUUUAUGCACAUGCCAAAUCUGCUCCCGAUAUAAAAACUUGGAUGUCAUCCUGUAAAUUAGCAAUGCUGAAUAUCCAAGUUGGUUCGAUUCAUAUAAUUGGUCAAGAAGCAAAGAUAGUGGAUUUAGAAGGAAAAGUUGCUAGUUUCCAAACUACAGUUGAUCAGUUCAAAGAUAUGAGCCACCGAGUUCUAAUACCUGAAGCCGAUAGUAGAGACAUUGGUGAGCCUCAACCUGAGGAAUCAAACUCUAAAAUUAAAAAAUCUGUUCAGACAAGGACAUAUAGAGUUUUAGAUGAAUGGCAUGGUCUCAAAGAUCAACUCAAAAAAUUGAGGUCAAGCCUAGACUCAUCGAAGGAAAGUCUGGAAGUGUCACGUACUAAAAAUAUAUUAACGGCCAUUGGCCAAGUCAAAGAACGGGUAUUAAAUAUUGAAUCUUUCAUCACUGGUGAAGGAGUUUCAAGGCUACCAACAAAAGAUGAUGUUACCAAUGGUGUAAGAGAACUUGAUGAAAUCCAGGAAGAAAUGGAUCAUAUAUUGACGCCUAGGAUUGAAGCAUUAGAUUCUAUGAUAAAUGAUUUAACUGAAAAUGACAAAGGGUAUGUUCAACAACGAGCAGGAAUUGCAAAAGCCUUGACUAACCUUCAAAACCUAAUUGAUAAUAAGAGAGUUCAACUUCGAGAAGCUAAAAAAUUGGCAAAAUUCGAAAAAAAAGCAGAUGAGAUAAAUGCAUUAGUGUGUUCAUUACUUGAAACAGUGGACGCUGUCAUCACAACACCAGAUCAAUUCUUAAGCGUCAUCGACUUGCAGUCGCGUUUCACUGAACUGAAUACCAAAUAUAAUUAUUACCAUCCUAUCAUCAUCCGAGAAUUGACAAACGCACAAAGAGCAGCAGAGCCAUUAAAAGAUGAUUGGAGAGUUGUUAACCGUCUAGGCACUCUAAUAGAACGAUGGAAUGAAUUAAAUAAAAUUGCUUUCGCCAAAAAAAAUGAAUUAAGCCGUCUGCUAUCAGGUCAGAGACCAUUAAUAAAAGCACAACCUGGACGAUCCAACUCACAUAUGUCACGAUCUAAUUCGUCUAGUAGAGUCGUGUCUCCUCCUACCCUUCCUACCCCUCCAUCACCAGCAACAACACCACGGCCUACAUCAAGAACCCCAACCCAGAUUUCUUCAAGUCCAACAUCAGGUACACCAAUCCGUCUCUUGCCACAUUCAGUCGAUAAUUACGUUCCAGUUCCUACGGAUCAACUUGAUGUGGAAGUUGCACGAAUAGUACAUGCAUGCCCCGUAAAGAUUAAAGUGUCUAAGGUCGAAGGAGAACCUGGAAAGUACAUGUUUGGAGAAGUUGAUCCUAAACUAUGUUAUUGUCGUAUUUUAAAAAACCGGAUGAUAAUGGUUCGAGUUGGAGGAGGGUGGGCAGAGCUAUCGAAAUUCCUUAUGGGUAUGUAUAUCAUUAACACAAAUGUAAUGAGUGAACACUACGAAAAACAUGCUAACUUUGAACAAAAAUACAUCCCCAAACGCCGAUCUUUUGCUGGAUCUAACGAAAUAGAGCUAGGAAUCAUCGCAGGACUUUGUAUUGAAAGGUUAGAAGGGAUUGGUUCCUUGGUGUGA